AUGGCUGGUCCAGAUGGAGAAGUGGUGGAUGGGGAAGAAGAGGAAGAGAGAGAAGAAGAGAGUUGGAAGGAGGAAAAGCGGACGGAAAAGGGCUCCACUUUUUCAGUUUUGGGGGUCUGCCGGCCUCCCGAUGAUCGGCUGAGCUCGACAUUAUCCUGGAUUAUCGUGGAUUAUCGUGGUUUUACGUAUACUUCGAGUAGCUAG